AUGACGAUGAACUCGACUGACUUCGAGUAUACUGAGACGAAACCUCCACUUUCGGCCAUGGGCCAUGUGGUCGAGUCCAUAGGCGUCGACACCGACAGUCAGAUCGAUUCGCGAGUAUUUCAUGAAAACUGCCUCCGGUGCUGCGUUUGCGACGUUCAACUACAGGAGAAGUGCUUCGAGAAGGACGGUCAACUUUACUGCAACACGCAUUACUUCAAAGACUGUAGCCCUUAUCGUUGCUCAGGAUGUAAGCUCGGGAUUUCUCCUACGGAUAUGGUGUACAAAUUGAAG